AUGGACGGAAAUAGCAGCAAUCAGACGUCCGAUGCAACUCCUGAGUUGAGGCCAUAUCUCGACUUGACCCGCGCUUUACUAGCAGCCCGCAAAAGCUAUGAUUCAUACGCCCCAAUCGUUAGAAAGAGCGACCCUCUUCCCCCGAAGUUCAGCGAGUCUCUUUUCCAAUUUGAAGUAGACUACACGAUUUCGGAACGCUUCGACGACCCACGACCACGUCUCGUGGGGCCGGAAACGCUUAUCGACUCAAUCAAACCACCCCUGGAGUGGUCGGAUGUUCUUCGAGAGCGUUUACCUCUUGUCAGCUUCCAUCCAGCUCAGAACGGCAUGUAUCGCUGUCGUGUGCAGGGAAGAUGGAUUGAGAUUUCGAACGAGAGUCGCUGUCGGAUCAUGUACAAUGUGCUCGAUCCGAAUGCUCUCAGUCGCAAGUCGGAGGAUGAGCAACGGCAGCUCUUCGCGAAUUAUUUUGAUGGAACCAUGGCGUUUAUUAAGAAAAGUAGUCAAGCCAUUCCUUAUGAUCUGACCAUUUCUACUACGCCUCAUCUCAGCACCACGCCUGGAUUGAUGGCAUCGAGCCCCAAUAUAAAGGGAGAACCCGACACUCCUGGUAAUUGGAUAGCAACAAAUGCUGAUAACAGGUGGACAGCGCUACGCGGUGUGGGUUCUGAUCUGAAUCACGAAGGCCAUAGCUCUUCUGGUGAAAUUCAUAGGAGAGCAGCGAGCCCUACAUCGGUCCAUACUGAACAUCUACCCAUGAACGCGAGUCUGCUAGCCGAAGAGGACGAUGAUGAAUCUGACGGCUCUGACCUUCCAUACACCGUCGAUCUAAUCCAGUCAAAUCCUGCUGUGGCCCAAUUCGAAUCGCUGAGAAAGGGAUCCGGACUCGUCCCACACUCAGCGGACGCCCGCCGCAAGAAAUUGGAAAGGCGGUACGGCAGACCCUUAAAAGGCUCAAUGUAUUCCCACCGGGAACUCGAAGAAGGAAAAGGUCUUUUAAUUCAUCUGGUCGCCUGUGGCUACACUGGGGAGCAACUCGGAGAUGAGUAUGAUCGGAUUUUCAGGCCCGGAAAUCCGCGCACAUUGCGAUCCAUCUGCAGGAGGCUCAAAAUCCCACAAUGGCGGUUAUCAGUUGGUGGUUCACAGCGUCAUGAUUCAGCCAAGAGGCAAAGGUACUUUCAAGAUGAGACUCCAGUACGAUGA